UGUAGUGAGGAGAAUGUUUAUUUUCUGUGCAAGAAACUCAUUUCAAUCGGAGUUGCUGACACAGUGGGGGUCGAUCUUUUUGUUGUCUUCAUUUCUAAUGAGGAGAAAAAGGUUCCGUUGUGGCAUCAGAAGGCAAGCAACUCAAUCGAUGGGCUUGUUGUAUGGGAUUAUCAUGUGAUCUGCAUCCAGUCAAAGCAAAAGCAAGGCAAUGAUAUCGAUCUUGUCUGGGAUUUGGAUACGACACUUCCUUUCCCUUUUCUUCUAAACCAGUAUAUUCCUGAAGCCAUUCGACCUCUUUCAUUUGGCCAUUCCAUGUAUAGCAGGCUUUUUCGCGUUGUCCAUGCUCCCAUCUUUCUUCGUUCUUUUGCAUCAGAUAGAAGCCACAUGAAAGAUCCCUCAGGAAAUUGGAUUUCCUCCCCACCUGUAUAUGAUCCAAUUGUUGCUGAAGAUGGAACCACAAACAACCUCAAUGAGUACAUCCAAAUGCGUUCGAAAGAUGCAAGAAGCUUAGAAGAAUCAAUUAAUGAUGUGCACUCCAGUAAAUACGGCGCAGUGCUGAGCGAAACGAUGCUGGAAGAGUUCUUUUCUCUGAUCCGUCAGCGACGCAUUUCGCCAAAAACAACAUAACCAGUUUCAUCUGUUAAACAGUUGUCUCUGAAUCUGGUUACAGCUUUUGUAUUAAGCAGCUAACUGUUCGGAAGUUUAAUUUGAUGAAGUUAAUCCGAUGUGCAUGUUGGCUUAUUGUAUUGCAACCCAAUUAUUUGUUUGUUCGUACA